AUGGGCAUCAGAUCAGCGAUCCCUAAAGGACCCCCAGUAAGAAUCGUGAUGAUUGGAAAAACUGGAGUUGGGAAGAGCGCCGUCGGUAACACCAUCCUAGGCAAAAACUUUUUUGAGUCUUCGUCGAGUGCCGUGUCUGUGACGGAAACCUGCGAGAAAGAACGGGCCAAGGGUCGCAGACAGAUCCAUGUUGUUGAUACACCUGGGAUUCUGGAUACAGUUAAAGAUGCAGAGAGCAUAAAGAACGAGAUCAUCAAGUGCAUUCAGGUGUCCUCCCCUGGUCCUCACGCCUUCCUGUUGGUCAUCCAGAUCGGCAGGUUCACCAAAGAAGAAGAAAACUGCGUGCAAGCGUUGGAGAAAAUCUUUGGACCUGAAGCGUCAAAGUACAUGAUCGUUCUGUUCACACGUGGCGACGAGCUGAAGGGCAGAACCAUCCGUGAUUACGUCCAGGCCGGCCACCCAAAACUACGAGAGGUGAUUAACAGGUGCGGGAACAGGUACCAUGCCUUCAACAACAAGAAAAAGAGGGACAUAACCCAGGUGGUGCAGCUGAUCAAGAAGAUCGACGAGAUGGUGGCGGCAAAUGGAGGACUGCACUUCACUGAAGAGAUGUACAAGGAGGUGUCGCAGACCAUGCCUGAGCAGGAGGAAAGACGGCACGCCACGAAAGAAAAAGACAAAGUCCAGGAGGAGCUGCCACCAGUAAACUACUCCUUCAUGUCUGAGCUGCUUCAGAGGGUUAUACUGUUUCAGAUGAUGCUGGCUGCUGCAGGACAAGGGGAAGUCAACAACCUGAACCAAUCCAUGACGACCACUGAUACAAACGUGAGGGUGGUUAACUGA